GGAAUCAUAGCCGCAUUAGUUAUAGCAAGCUACGUAGGGCAAGUUUAAUAGAGCUAACUAAAGUAGGGGAAGGUUUAGGUGAAUUGUAUAACAAGGCUGACGAGUGUGUCAGUCGCUGUCUUAUUUUAAUAUAGGAUACGGUAUUAUCCUGAAGCUAGUUAUUUAUGGACGGCCUGAUGUUCUGAAGGAUCUUUGAACAGGUACAGUACAGUUGAAUUGAAAAUGCCGCUGCACGGGAAAAUUGUUGUAAUCAAAAGGAGUGGAGGAGACGGGACUGAGUUUCCUCUGACUGCAUCAUGCUUAUUUGGAAGGAAACCAGACUGUGACAUUCGAAUUCAACUUCCUCAGGUCUCUAAAGAGCAUUGUAGGAUUGAGUUGAAUGAAAAUAAAGAGGUUAUUUUAACCAAUUUGAGUUCAGUGAACCCGACCCGUGUAAAUGGGGAGGUUUUUCAGCAGUCUGAACGCUUAAAACACGGAGAUCUAAUCACAAUUAUUGACCGUUCUUUCAGGUUUGAAUAUCCUCCAGCACCCACUCCAAAGAAGAGACGAUCAUCUAUUGCUAGCAGCAGUGCAACUCCUCAGAUUUUACAUGAAACCCAAGCGAGGGAUACCAGCACAAAAGAUGGAACCAAAUCUGAGAUCAAACCCAAAGGGGAAGGAAUUCUUGAACAGAAAAAUCAAAAUUCCCCCUUUGGUGAGCUGUAUGAAAUGUUUAAACAAGACUUGGAUUCCAAAACUCCAAAGAAAGCACCAGAACCAUAUGCUUCCAGGCUCUACUCAACAAAACUCCACUCACCCAAUAAAGUGAAUGGGGUAUCUGUCAUUUCCACUCCCAAGAAGAUUGAUGCUAAUGUGUCAUCUGCUGAUGCUGCAGUGACUCCAAAAUCAUCUCAGACAAAGGAAAAUUCCCUCAAAGUUGAGGAAGUUGAGGGAAAGUUGCCAAAUGAAGAUAUCCUCCAACUGAUUCCAUCUAGCCAAGAAACUCCCAAAAGUAAAAGGGGUUCUUCACAGCAUAAAACACCCACCCCUGUGUCCCAGAGGAAAAGUCGUCCAACAACCCCCCAAAGGGUCACUGCUAGUGAAGUGGUUGAGCAGAUUUCUGAGUGUCUGACAGCAGAAACCCAGAAUACUCAGACUAGAAGGAGGAGCAAGGAAGCCACUCCCAUCAAGUCUUCACUAACUAAGGUAGAACCCGUUAACAGUGUCACUCCAAACAAUGACCGUACCCUAGUGAGCGAGAUUUCCAUGGCAGUUACGACAGAGUCUACCUGCUCUCCGAGGACCUCACCACGAUCUUCUGGGAAAAAGCUUCAAGCCCCGGAUGUACUUUGUGAACUAGAGGCAACCACACCCACAAAAGUUGAACAGUUGUCUGGUAAGAGACGAAAGAGUGGCGACCUUACACCAGAAAUGCCAGUUCCAAUGAGCAAGAGGAAAAGGGUGUCAUUCGGAGGUCAUUUGGAGCCAGAACUGUUCGAUAAACAUCUGCCUCCUGACUCCCCAUUACGUAAAGGAGCCACUCCUGGCCGUCGCAGCUUGUGUGUUCUCAAGAAAAAACAGUCACUUCUCAGGAGAGCGUCUGUAAUUGGUCUGAUGAAGAAGCAUGAACAAGCAUCCCCCAAGAAUCCCUCACCUUCCAAGAAGUCACCAAAAGCAUCCCCCAAGAAUCCCUCACCUGCCAAGAAGUCACCAAAAGCAUCCCCCAAGACACCCACGCCUGCCAAGAAGUCACCAAAAGCAUCCCCCAAGACACCCACGCCUGUCAAGAAGUCACCAAAAGCAUCCCCCAAGACUCCUUCGCCUGCCAAGAAGUCACCAAAAGAAUCCCCCAAGACUCCCUCGCCUGCCAAGAAGUCACCAAAAGCAUCCCCCAGGACUCCCUCCCCUGCCAAGAAGUCACCAAAAGCUAAAACUCCUUCUCCAGGUAAAGAAAAGAACAGUAAAACCGCUGUGAGGUCUCCAUCUCCCAAUCAAAGAAAAACUCCAUUAAAAGAGUCUCAAACAGCCACGGUUAGCAUGACCCCUGUGAGUUUGCCGUCAGCAAAAACAACACCCACCAUUCAAGGCCGUUUCUCAGUGUCCCGCAUUAGCACCCCAUCACCCACUACAGACCAGGACACUCUCCCUCAGACCUCUGUCACCGUCACCCCACGUGUUCCCCUGAGGAGAAAGAGUAUGAAGGCAACCCCAAAAACCACAACAAAGAGUGCCCUACAAGUCAUUCGUAGAAGAAGUGGUCUCUCUCGGGCCUCUAUGAAAGUUGUGAACUCCUGGGCCGAUAUUGUAAAGUUCGGUCAGACCAAGACCCAAGCUGUUAUCCCAACUAAGAAAACAACUGAAAUCCGAGUGACUAAGAAGAAGGCUGUUGUACCAAAACCCAAGACACCUGUGAAGAGUCUCUUAGGACAUGCCAGCACUGGUCAUGCAGAUUCCCCUAUGACGAUUGUUGUGGGAAAGGCUCACAAGCUGCAUGGUGGCCAGCCAGCUGGGACUGCCCCAAGGCUUGUCUAUAACAUUGCACUGCAGAAAAGGAACAUGAAAAUGGAUGAGGACUUUUCAGGGGUUGCUGAAAUUUUCAAGACCCCUGCAAGGCAGAGGAAUUCUGUGGCCAAUGUUCAAAGUACCCUCAUAACGCCCCAGACAGCCCAGUCUGCAUCUAUGAUUGAGUCAUCAGUGAUGGAUACCCCAGAGGAGACUGGUGAAAUGGUGGUAUCACCACUUGUUGUUUCUACUGCUAAACGGGGAGUGUACAACAGUGAUGCAGUCAUCAGACUCCUAGAUGAUCAAGAAUCCAGUUUCAUCACUGCCAAUGACAUUCAGGAGGCAGCUGAUGACUCUUGUUCUACAUCAAAUGAAAAUCCAUCCUUAGAGAUAUCUUCUGAAGAAUCAGAAAAAGAGCAGCCAGAAACAAAGACCAAGAUUUCUACCCCUCAACAGAAGAAGCCCCAGCAACCUGAAUGUCUCACUGGAGUGAAGAGAAUCAUGAAGACCCCUCGACAGAAAACAGAACCCAUUGAAGACCUCAGAGGGAAACUGUUAAAAACUCCUAAACAGAAGAAGCCUGAGCAACCACAAUUUCUCACCGGAUUGAAGCGAAUCAUGAAGACACCAAAACAGAUUGCUGUACCUAUUGAAGACCUAAGAGGGAAACUGCUGAAAACUCCUAGAGGACCCAAGACUGCUCCGGAAGAAAGCUUAGAUGGUGUAAAGGAUCUCCUGAAGAGCCCCAAACCCUUUGCUCAACCUGUUGAAGACAUUUCUGGUGAUGCAGAUAAUUACUUCCACAGUGAGGAAAAUGAGAUUCACAAAACUAUUUCUUCAGUUGCCUUGACAAAAGUGGUGCUAAGCAAAGAACCUGCUGGAGUAGACAAGGUAGGGGAGCCUGCUGAUGCACCUGCUGAGUUAAUAGAAGAACAAGCAUCUCUAGAUGCAGUUGAGAAGAUGGAAAAUCCUGUUUCAGCUGAAGUGCUUGGACCAGUGGCUGCUCCUGCAGAGGCAGCUGUGCCAGAAACUCUAGGAAGCAAAAUGACUGCUACUCCUGUUCCAGCAAAAAGUAAAAAAAGCAAGAAUACUGAGGUGACUGAGCCACUUCAAGCAAGUGUUGAUGCACCUGUGGAAACUGUCAAUGCUGUUGAUGUCCAGGAAAAUAUUGAUGCUCAAUCAGUUCCUGCUAUACAGCCUAAGAGAGGAAGAAAUGUCAAACAAGCUUCUGUAGAGCAAGCGGAUACACAAGAGAAUGCAGUUGAAGUUAAGUGUUUGGAAAUGACACCAAUUGAGGAUCAGCAGCCUCCUUCUGAUGUCCCUGUGCAGAAAUCCAGAAGAGGACGAAAUGCCAAACAGGCUUCUGUAGAACAAGUAGAAACUGUGUUUGAGAGCACCCUGGACGCUGUGACUGUUCAUGUCCCUGAAAAGGUUGAAGCCCAGAUGCCAGUGGUUAAAUCGAAGCGAGGUAGAUGGCCUAAACCAGAUUCAUUUGAAACAGAGGUUCUAGAAAUUUCUCCAAUUGAGGUGGUUGGGUCCAAGGACCGACCUGCUAAUGUUCCUGUUGUGAAAUCACAGGCAAGAGGAGGAAAUUCCAAACUGGAUCUGGACUUCAUGGAAACAGUUUCAAGGAAGGAAAGAAGGAAAAAGACUAACCAAGAGUCUGUAGAACAAGUGGAGUCUGUGAGUGUUGAAACUUCCAUUGAACAGGAUGUGACCCAAGAGCAGACCACUGUGGCUCCAGUUGAGAACCCCAAAAGGGGUGGAAGAAAGGCAAAGCAGGCCUCUCUAGACCAAGUUAAGCCUGUUGAGGAGCAAGCUGUUGAGGCUGUAACUGUUCAAGUAGAAGCUGAGGAGCAGACCACUGUGGCUCCGGUUGAGAAACCCAAAAGGGGAGGAAGAAAGGCAAAGCAGGCCUCUCUAGACCAAGUUAAGCCUGUUGAGGAGCAAGCUGUUGAGGCUGUAACUGUUCAAGUAGAAGCUGAGGAGCAGACCACUGUGGCUUCGGUUGAGAAACCCAAAAGGGGAGGAAGAAAGGCAAAGCAGGCCUCUCUAGACCAAGUUAAGCCUGUUGAGGAGCAGGCUGUUGAGGCUGGACCUGUUCAAGUAGAAGCUGAGGAGCAGACCACUGUGGCUCUGGUUGAGAAACCCAAAAGGGGAGGCAGAAAGGCAAAGCAGGCCUCUCUAGACCAAGUUGAGCCUGUUGAGGAGCAAGCUGUUGAGGCUGGACCUGUUCACGUAGAAGCUGAGGAGCAGACCACUGUGGCUCCGGUUGAGAAACCCAAAAGGGGUGGAAGAAAGGCAAAGCAGGCCUCUCUAGACCAAGUUGAGCCUGUUGAGGAGCAAACUGUUGAGGCUGGACCUGUUCACGUAGAAGCUGAGGAGCAGACCACUGUGGCUCCGGUUGAGAAACCCAAAAGGGGUGGAAGAAAGGCAAAGCAGGCCUCUCUAGACCAAGUUGAGCCUGUUGAGGAGCAAGCUGUUGAGGCUGGACCUGUUCAAGUAGAAGCUGAGGAGCAGACCACUGUGGCUCCGGUUGAGAAACCCAAAAGGGGAGGAAGAAAGGCAAAGCAGGCCUCUCUAGACCAAGUUGAGCCUAUUGAGGAGCAAGCUAUUGAGGCUGUAACUGUUCAAGUAGAAGCUGAGGAGCAGACCACUGUGGCUCUGGUUGAGAAACCCAAAAGGGGAGGAAGAAAGGCAAAGCAGGCCUCUCUAGACCAAGUUGAGCCUGUUGAGGAGCAAGCUGUUGAGGCUGGUAUUGUUCAAGUAGAAGCUGAGGAGCAGACCACUGUGGUGCCGGUUGAGAAACCCAAAAGGGGAGGAAGAAGGACUAAACAGGACCCAGAGAGUGUUGUCCCUCCAGUAGAUAAAAAGGCUCCAGAGGAAACUUCUGCUCUGCCUACAGAGAAACCUAAAAGAGGGAGAAAGGGAAAACAGGAGAAAGUUAAUGAAGUUACAGAAGUUGAGAGCAUUCUAAGGCAGGAGGUCCACAUUCCUGAACAAACUGAAGUUGAUGGUAAACCAGAGAGUGGAGAACAAUUGGAGGUUCCUGUUAAACCAGGACAGGCAAGGAAGGCAAGAGCAGUUGUGAAGGAUGAAGUACCUGCCAAGAGGGCACGCAGAGGAGCAGCUGAUUUCACAAAGGUGAGCACUGCUACAAAAGUUCCAACAGAGCCUCUCAAAAGAGGAAGAAGGCUAGCUAAAUCUACAGUCUCUGUGGAUGAUGUUACAGUUGUGGCUGACCAUAAUCCAUCAGAGGCUGAGGUAACAGAUACUGAGGUCAUGGCUGUUGUGGUUAAAAAAGAACAAGGAAAAGCCCAGAAAAGGGGAAUGGCGACUUUGGAAACCUUUGACCAGGAAAGUUCUGUUAAUGUCCCAAAAAAUACCCCAAAAUCAGUUAAUUGGAAAACAAAUUUGGACGUGACUUAUGAGAUCACCCCUCUUCCAAACCAGAAAAAAUCCAGACGGAAUGUUGGUGCUCCCCUUCAUUUUGAAGAACAACCUAAAUCGGUUGAGGAACAGCAGGUUGUAAAAACGGUGCGAGGAAGAAGGGCGAAAAUGUAUGCUGAGGUUGAAGAGGAAACCACAAAACCAACACAAUCAAAAAGGGCAAGAGCUAGUGCUACAGAGUAUUUGGAGACUUCUGCUGAAACAACCGAUCCAAUUUCAAAGCCUGUAAAUAAAAGAAAUACAGGAAGAAAUACAAAAACUGAAGAGGCAGAUCUCUCAGAUAAAGCAAUUUCUAAGGAGCCUGUCAAGAAAACAAGACGGGGAGCAAAGUAUACACUUGCAGCUGUUGAUGAGGCUCCUAGCAUUACUGUCACAGAGAAAGUGCCAGAGACGGACUCCGAAGCUAAAGUUGUGGCAGCUACAAAAGGAAGAGGUAAAGCGCUCAAAAAAGGAAAGGUUUUGUCUCAGGAAAUUGACAUUGAACAAGCUAUGGAACCGCUGAGUAAGCCCCGCAGAGGGAGAGCCGCAAGACAGUAAAGCUUAGGCAUUCAGAUAUUUUAGUAAAAAAUGCUAAUCCGUGGUUGCUAAUGGUAUUGCUGUUUUAGCUGUGUUAUAGUAAAAUAUAUACUGUAGAAUUGUCCUUAGCUGUGCUUUGCAAGAUGAUUAGGUGAUUGGUCUUAAUUGUGAUUUUGCUAAUGUUAUAAUUUAGUUUUUUACUUUUUGAACAGAUUGUAUGUAUUUUUUUUGAAAAUCUUUCAUAUUAAAAAUCUUAAGACCAAGAAAUGUAGCAGUAUUGUAAUUGGAGGAAGAAACUAUUGAUGUGUUGUACUUUAUGGAAGUGUAAAAAUCUAUACAUUGUUUUAACUAUAUAGAUGGAUGUUUUACUAAAUAUUUGGUUAUCUGAAGUGCAGGUAAAACAUGGAAUGUAAUUGUCUUGCAGAAAAUGAUGGCUUUACUGUCCCUAUCUUCAGUGUCAGAAUGACCAAAUGCUUUUGGGGGUUUUAUUUAACUGUUAUCAUAAAUAUUAAGCAAUGCAUAGUACAACAUUGUUAGCAACAUUUAAUUGGCAUGUUAAUAUGGUCAGGAUUAGUGAGAUAGACAUACUUACAGUUGACAUUGUAUUAUAAAAAAAAAAUGAAAUGCAUUAUAAAUAUUAAUUUGA